AGCUCCUUCCACUCACCUUCGGCCAUCUCUUUCUUUUGGAAUUCUCUACCGCAAAAUUGUAACCCCAAAAGAUCUCAAAACGAAAAAAGACCUUUUUAAUUUUUUCAACAAUUUGCUUCGAUUCUCUGAUAAGAUUUGUUAAUUCGGAUUUUGGAAAAUUGAAGUGGAAACAAAUUUGUUAAUCAGAAAAUUAAAGGGGAUAUUUUGGAAUGGCUCAAGCAGUGGAAGAAUGGUACAAGCAGAUGCCUAUUAUUACCCGCUCCUAUCUCACAGCUGCAAUUGUCACCACCAUUGGUUGCUCUCUCGAUAUAAUCUCACCUUAUAAUCUUUACUUGAACCCUAAACUCGUGAUCAAGCAGUAUGAGUUCUGGCGCCUCAUUACCAACUUCCUGUACUUCCGGAAAAUGGACUUGGAUUUUAUGUUCCACAUGUUUUUUCUUGCUCGGUACUGCAAGCUUCUUGAAGAGAACUCCUUCAGGGGAAGGACUGCUGAUUUCUUUUACAUGUUGUUGUUUGGUGCCACUGUAUUAACCGGGAUUGUUCUUAUUGGGGGGAUGAUACCUUAUUUGUCAGAGUCUUUCGCUAAAAUCAUUUUCCUCAGCAAUUCGCUAACAUUCAUGAUGGUUUAUGUGUGGAGCAAGCAAAAUCCUUUCAUUCAUAUGAGUUUCCUGGGCCUCUUUACUUUUACAGCAGCUUACCUGCCAUGGGUUCUGUUGGGUUUCUCUGUUCUUGUUGGGGCUAGUGCUUGGGUGGAUUUAUUGGGAAUGAUUGCUGGUCAUGCAUACUACUUUCUUGAAGAUGUUUAUCCAAAAAUGACUGGCCGUCGGCCUCUAAGGACCCCAUCCUUUAUUAGAGCACUGUUUGCAGACGAACCUGUUGUAGUGGCACGGCCGGCCAAUGUGAGAUUUGCACCCCCACCAGAUGAGGAAGUUCAUCAAGAUUAAUAACUUUGGGGAAUAAUACUAAGUUGAUGUGGCCUAGCUAGCGCUGGAGUAGCAUGACCGCAAGGGAUCAUUGGUCUUGUAAUAUAUGGAAGUCUAGUCCGAUUUGCUAAUUUCUUUUUGUGCAUUCUUUAUAACUUAAAAGUUCAUCAAAUGCAAUCAAAGGUUUGUUUCUUUA